AUGAACUCCCUAGACUGGAAAGCACUAGUGACGCUUCCACUCAAAAAGGUAGCUGUGUUGCCGUACGCUCAGGUUGAGGACCUCCCAAAGUUUUCAGUCAUCGGGGUGAUCAUAGCUCUCGCACUCGCCUUCAACUAUGGUCUCCAAGUCAUUAUUUACCAUCAACAAAACCUAAGCUUGAAGGAACAACAACUUCCACCCAAAUAUCCAACUCUUAUACCCUGGCUGGGGAGUGCAUUACCGUUCCUCCUUGACAAUGCCAACUUUCUACGGACUGCUUCUUCGUAUGCUGGAGAACUCGCCUCCUCCAGAAUCACCGUAGCCGGGAAAGAGCUAUACUUAUUUCAAGACCGCGACACCGUACGUCGACUCUGGAAGGCGCAGUCACUUUCAAGCCCUAUACCCUUCUACGUCCAUGUGCUCAAGCAUUUCUUCGGCAUGCACAAUCGCGCUCUUACUACCUAUCGAGCCGAUAACUCGGGUGCUUCCCCAACGCCGAACAACAAUAGCAAUGUGCUAGAGAAGAAUCGUUUGGACUAUCUUACACACGAAGGCUUCAAAAGAGCAUUCACUGGACCCGCUCUUGCUCCAACUGCGCGACGCUAUAUGAAAGAUCUUGCACGCAGAUGUGAAGAUCUCAACGUCUCGGAUGACUGGACGGACAUGCCUGAUUUGGUCCAGUUCUUCCGUACUGUUCACGGUGCGGCUCUACUGCAAGCAGUUUUUGGACCUUCACUAUUGAAGAUCAAUCCGGAUUUCAUGGACGACGCGUGGAAGUUUGAUGAUUCAAUUCCGUGGCUCGCAAGACUAGUCCCGUCUUUUGUCAACCCGGAGCCUUAUCGGACUCGAGAAAGGCUCCGCAAUCAACUAAAACGAUGGUACAAGUAUGCACGCGAGAACUUCUCUGACGAUUGCAUAUAUGAAGAUGGUGAUGGUGAUCCGUACUGGGGCUCCGAGCUUAUAAGGUAUCAACAAAAGAAAUAUCUUCAGGCUGACAAUUUCGAUGAUGAUGCACUUGCAUCUGCAGAUCUAGCCUUGGUAUGGGGUACGGUUGGGAACGCGAUUCCCACUACGAUGCUUUCGGUAUACCACGUCUUCAAGGACCCUGCUUUGCUCAAACGCGUACGCGAAGGACUGGAGGCAGACUUUGGUCAGACAACACUACUGGAUAUAGACCCUGCUGAGUUGAUCAAAAGUACGCUGCUUUCCUCUAUACAGGCCGAGGUACUUCGAUUAUAUGUUAAUGUGUGCGUUAUGGUGAGCUCGCCUCACGCCGAUGUAUCCCUUGGUAGGUGGUGGAUGCCCAAGGGGGGAACUGCCUUAGUCAGCUCGGGAAUGACGCACAUGGACAACAAUUACUGGAACACCAGAGACGGGCUUUACCCUGUCCGCUCUUUCUGGGCUGACAGAUUUGUGACAUACUCUCACGAUCAGUCUAGUGGACCCGUGCAACUAGCGGUGAGGGACAAACGCCAGUCUGAGCCACGCGGCAAAGACGGAAAGCCUUCAUUCUCUGUGCAAGGCCUGGAGGCAUCGUGGAUGCCGUAUGGAGGCGGAAAUGCAAUUUGCCCAGGCAGGUUCCUAGCGAAAAGAGUGACACUGUUUACUAUUGCCUUGAUGACGAGAGAAUUUGACAUUGAGAUACGUCCUCACACCUUGGAGAUGGGCUCUUGGAAAUUUGGCAUGGGCGUAGAGAAACCGAAGAAGCCAAUCGCGUUCCGCAUUAGGAGGAGGAAAUAA